UUUUUGUUCUGGAAAAGAAAGGCGUUCUCCUGCCCCAGGAUGUUGCCUUUAAAGUUGAAAAAGUGGGUUUCCUGCAGAGGAAAUAGUUACGAAAUAGACAAGGCCGAGUGAAGGAGCCGUGUACCCUUCAGUGCGAACACUGUGCACAGGUCACCCAGACGUGGAUGGAACGGAGCUGUCUGGAAGGAUCGACAUUCUUUUCAUGGAAGUUGAAUAUGGAGUUUGAAGACUUUUAAAACACCAUUUUAUGUUGGUCGUUGUUUUUUGGGGGUUUUGUACUUUGAGUGAAUCUGACAUUUUGUGACAUGCACCUGUUGACCUUCUAGGUCAUGGAACGUCGUCUUCAGAAUUAUGUUAGAGCUCUCGGUUAUCUUUGAGGGUCAUGUAGCCGACAAUGACAUGUUGCUAACAUGUAGUGGUUAGAUCUCAAGCAGGAGAACAUUCUUACACCUGUGUGGAACUCAUCUUGACCCAGAGGUAAACCGAUCCAACUGGAGUCUUCACAUGUUUAUCAAACAGUGGACCCACCUGUGGACUCAUCUCAUUUGAGAUAUAUCUGGUAGCAGUCUAUUCCAUUGUUUUUCCCUGAAGGAGCCAUUGCAUUUCAUAGUAAACAAUUGGAUGGGCUCAACAGCAAAACCGCCUGUUAUCUCUUUCAACAAAGAAAUAUUUUGCUACAGUACCCUGCUACUCCUUGUGUUCUCUCUGCAGUUUUUCAGGGUUUCCCCCCUGCAUUAGAGACAAUGUCCCACAACGACACCUGCAACCUCCCCCUGGACACUGAUACUGAUGGUCUCACCUACAUCUACAGCUUUGCAUUUUCACUGGGUCUGCCGUCCAACCUGCUCUCUCUAUGGGGGCUGUACCAACUGGGCCGCUCUGGCGGGGGUGGCUGCCAGCUGGUCUACAUCCUCAACCUCUUGCUCUCCGACCUCCUCCAGCUGCUCACCCUGCCUCUCUGGAUCCUCUACCUGCAGGGGGGCCAUAGCUGGCCCUACGGCCAGCCCGCCUGCGAGUUUGUGGGCUACAUAUUCUACGUGAACGUGUACGCCAGCGUGGUUUUCCUGUGCCUCAUCGCGCUCGACCGCUGCCUUGCCAUCGUCCAUCCCCUGAGCAGUCGUGGCGUGCGGACGGUGAGGGUGGCGGCCAUGUCGGGGGUGGUGGUCUGGACACUGACCUUCCUGUUCUGUCUGAUUGGGCUCCUGAACACAGUGUUUGAUGCCAACAGAAAGCUGUGUCUGGAGCAGUACCCUAUCAGGCCCAGGUACUUCCACUUCAAGAUCGCCACCGUGGUUCUCGGGUUCCUUCUGCCUUGUGGAAUACUGGGCUACACUUCCGCCCGCAUCCGUGUGACCCUACAACGCUCGCCCUCCGUCUCUGACCAAGAACGCAACAAGAUCGUAGGCAUCCUCACCCUCAUCACCAUUAACUUCAUCGUGAUAUUUGGACCAUACCACCUUGUAGGGGGAUACAGGUUUGUGUCCCUGCUCCUGACCGAGAAACCCUGCCAACUGGAACAGUCCAUUUUCCUGACCUACCGGCUGUGCUAUGGCCUGACCAGCCUCAAUACCCUUCUAGACCCCCUGUUCUACAUCUUCCUGUGCCACGAUGCCCGGCUAGAGCUACGCAGGUCUCUACCCUGCCUGGGACGUCGGCACAGAGCGUCCAAGGAAGUGCCUCUCAGCACCAGAGGUCACCAUGACCAGAGUAUCAGCGUUUAGGAUAAACAGACCCGAGGGGACUAGAUUUACUGUGCUGGCCUUGUUCCCUGGUCUUUGAGAAAAUGAGUCUGGCCAUUGUGUUAGCUGUUCUCUGUGGAUGCAUUCAGCUGCUCUCAAAGGGGGGAGGGGGGGGGGGG